CUCUGUUAAAUCGGCCGCUUAGUUGUUCUACGGCAUCGGUUGAGUGAAGGAAAUUUGCAAAUUUUGGCCGUCGGCGACGUGUUGAGGUGUAACAAACGUAAUUUAUGUACGUUUUUACUAGGGACCGGUUGUUUUUUGCUAUUAUCUUACGUUCGAACCAUUGCAUUUAAAAUAUUAAAAAAAAAAUCCAGUUUUGCAUAAUUGAAAAUGGAAACGGUGGCCGAUUCAAAAGUUAGUGUAGACGUUGUGGAACCUCGACAAUGUGAUGAUGAAGACUCUACUUUAGAUUCAAUACUAGUUCGUAUCGGCCAAUUUGGAAAAUUUCAAGUGAUAAUAUUUUUGUUAAUUUGUUUGCCCAUGAUGUUUAAUGCAAUAUUUUCUGUGACUUACGUCUUCACAGCCAGUUCCGUAGUUCAUAGAUGUAAUAUUUCAGAAUGUGAUACCGCAAACAGUCAGUAUGAUGAACCAUGGACGGAUUUUACAAUUCCAAUGAAGGGUUCAAGUUUGGAUCAGUGUAAACGUUAUGCCAGCAUUGCGGAUGCGAAUACAACCACCACCACUUCAACGAGAGUGUUUGAUGUUGUAGCUACAGAGCAGGAAGAUACGGCCGUGUGUACAGUCAAUGACUUUAAUCGAGACCAAAUCGAAACCUGUCCCACAGACAAUUUUAUAUUUCGAGAUAAAGAAGUCACGAUUUCGAACGAAUUCAACAUUUUCUGCUCGGAUGAAUGGAAGCUGUCAUUAGUGGGUACCCUUAACAACAUAGGACAGUUUGUCGGUAUUCCAAUUGGAGGAUUUAUUUCAGAUCGUUAUGGACGCCGCACGGCUUUGGCUUUUGGUGGAUUUGCAGCAGCUGUUUUGGGUAUUAUACGUUCAUUUGCAACCUCCUAUACGUAUUUUGUGAUAUUCGAGUUUCUGGACAGUCUAGCAUCGAGCCCCCUGUAUUCUGUUUGUUUUAUAGUGGGCAUCGAAUUGGUAGGUCCGAAGCGACGAGUUCUCGCCUGUAGUUUAGUCACAAUAUUUUAUGCUGUGGGCGAAAUGCUCCUGGCCAUAUUUGCAAAAUACUUCCAAAAUUGGAGGAUACUUUUGCGCAUUAUGUACAUACCCGCCUUGGUGUUAUUCGUCUAUUUCUGGAUAUUACCGGAAAGUGUCCGCUGGCUAUUGAGUCAAAAGAGAGAGGAAGAAGCCAAAAAUAUACUGAGACGUGCAGCAAGGGUUAAUAAGCGAGACCUACCCGAACACUCAUUGGACAAAUUGAUUCUGGCAAAUCGUGAAAAACUGACCAACACAACCGAAGGAAAAUUUCCCAUAAAGUUGGCAUUUACAAGUUUGUUUUGGCGCAUCGCCAAUUGUUCGUUCUGUUGGAUAGUCAACGUCCUGGUAUAUUACGGCCUCAGCUUAAAUGCAGUUCUCCUGGAUGGAGAUAAAUACAAUAACUUUGUGUACAUAGCCAUGGUUGAAAUACCAGGGUUCUUGUUGCCACUCGUUAUAAUGGAUCGUUUUGGUAGAAGGCGUUCGUUGUUCGGUUGUAUGUUUAUAAGCGGACUGUGUUGUUUGGCAACCAUAUUUAUGCCAAAAGACGCAGCAAUUGGCCAACUGAUUUUGUUUCUGAUUGGAAAAUUGGCAAUCACUGCCAGCUUUCAAGUAUUAUACUUCUUUACAUCGGAGAUAUUCCCCACCAAUUUGCGCAAUAGCCUGUUAUCGUUUUGUUCGAUGAUGGGAAGACUGGGAUCAAUGGUGGCUCCACAAACACCACUUUUGGCAAAAUAUUAUGAAAAUGCUCCGGCGAUACUAUUCGCAACGACAGCUAUUGCAAGCGCCUGUUUAUCACUAUUAUUUCCCGAAACGACGAAUUUAAUCUUGCCAGCUACUAUGGAAGAUGCGGAUAAAAUAGGAAACUCGAAGGAAAAGGAAGCUCGUUCUAAUGAUGUUCAAAAUACACAUUUAUGAUAAUAAUAAAAAUAUUUAAUAGUUGUUUUAAAAUUA